AUGGCGUGUGAGAGACGGAGCGGAGACAGAAAGAGGCAAGUGAUCUUGUUUAUUCUGUGUGUUUGCGUAUGUCAGAGCGGGGCUGAAACCCUCCGCUACUCCCUGCCGGAGGAAAUGGAGAGGGACUCCUUUGUCGCCAAUAUUGCAAAGGACCUGGGGGUUCCUCUGAGCCAGCUUGCUGCUCGCAAGGCCCGCGUUGUGUCCGAGGGGAACGAGCAGCUUUUCCGACUCAAUCAAAACACCGGAGUCCUGACGGCAAAGGAAUCGCUGGACCGAGAGGAGAUCUGUCCACAGAGCGAUAUCUGCACGCUCGUCUUUAAGAUAUUCUUUGAAAAUCCAUUGCAGCUUAUCCGAGGGGAGGUGGAAAUUCGUGACGUAAAUGACAACUCGCCCGUGUUCCCGGAGAAGGAGAUGGUUUUAAAAAUUCUAGAAACAGCAGCUCCUGGGUCCCGUUUCCCCCUGGAAAGCGCCCAGGACAAGGACGUGGGCAUUAAUGGUUUGCAAAACUACAGCCUCGGGCCCAAUCCUCAUUUCUCCCUCGCUACUGGAACAGCGAAAGACGGAGUAAAAUACCUGGAACUUGUCCUACAGCGCCAGCUCGAUCGUGAAGAGCAGGGAGAACUGAAUUUACUUCUCACCGCCACCGACGGGGGAUCACCACCCAGGUCGGGCACGGCUCAGGUCCGGAUCGUGGUGCUGGAUGCCAAUGACAACAUCCCGGUCUUCGAAAGGGAGACCUACGAGGUGCGCCUGGCUGAGAACAGCCCCGUGGAGCAGCUGGUGGUCAGAGUCGCUGCCACGGACCCCGAUGAAGGGUCCAACGGGAAAGUGCGCUAUGCCUUCACCCAGACAUCGGAGCGAGCCCGGCAGCUCUUCCAGCUGAACCCAAGCACCGGUGAAAUACGAGUCGCGGGCAAGCUGGAUUUUGAGGAAGCAAAAUCCCACAAGAUGGUGGUGAAAGCCACGGACGGCGGGGGGUUAUCUGCGCAUUGUAAAGUGCAGGUGGAGGUCCUGGACGUGAAUGACAACGCUCCGGAGAUAGCGCUCACCUCCCUCACCACCACCAUUCCCGAGGACGCCCCGCCACGCACCGUGGUGGCUCUGUUCAGUGUGAGGGACCGGGACUCCGGCGACAACGGCAGGACGGAGUGUUCCAUCGACGGGGACUUGCCGUUCAGUCUCACCCCCACAUUUGAUAAUUACUACGAACUGAGAACAAACGCGGCUCUGGACAGGGAGAGGACGGCGGAAUAUAACAUCACCAUCACAGCCACGGACUGGGGCAGAAAGAGGCUGAGCUCUCAGGAAAGCAUCUUCGUGCAGAUAUCGGAUGUGAACGACAACCCCCCAGAGUUUACCCAGGAGGUUUACACCAUGUCUGUCACGGAGAACAACAGCCCCAUGCUCCGGAUCGGCAGCGUGAAGGCCACGGACGCCGAUGCAGGAAAAAACGCCCGUGUGAACUACGCACUGGUGCUGCAGGAGGGCAAAGAGCAGCCCGAUGUGUCCGUCAACACUGAAAACGGGGAUGUUUAUAUCCUCCGCCCGCUGGACUACGAGAAGGUCCCCUCCUUCGAGGUGACAGUGAGCGCCGCCGAUGGUGGCUCCCCGCCGCUCAGCACCCAGGCCGUGCUUCGCGUGGUCGUGCGGGACGAGAACGACAGGCAGCAUUUUGCCUUAGAGCGCGGCUCCGGCCGCCUGCUCGUGGCGGGGAGGCUGGACCGGGAGGAGCUGUGCGGCCAGUCCGCCACCUGCAUGCUCCCCUUUGAGCUGCUGCUCUCCAAACCCCUGCAGUUCUUUCGGGUCGAGGUAGCCUUGGAGGAUAUCAAUGACCAUUCGCCUAUUUUCCGCGGAGAUCGAGUAAGAUUUAGGAUCCCUGAAACGAGCAACCCUGGUUCACGUUUCCCGUUGGAGGUGGCUCGAGACCUCGAUAUUGGCAGCAACACAGUCCAGACGUACAGCAUAUCUCCCGAGAACGAAUAUUUCAGUGUCUCCUAUGGAAGUCGGAGUAAUGGAGACAAAUAUGUUGAACUUGUUUUGGAGAAGCCACUAGACAGAGAGGAGAAGGCAGAGAUGAGUUUCAGUCUCAUUGCUGUAGAUGGGGGCUCUCCUCCCAGAAGUGGCACCAUCGAGAUCUCUGUGGUCAUUAUGGAUGUAAAUGACAAUGCUCCCACAUUCAAACAGGACCAUUACAUUGUGAAGGUUUUGGAGAACAUGACAGAAGGGUCUGUGUUUCUGCAACUGCUGGCAACAGAUCAGGAUGCAGGAAUUUAUGGGGAAAUUUCCUACCAACUCAGUGAAGCUGCAGACGAGAGUGUCUCAAUAUUUGUGAUUGACCCCCUAAGUGGUGAAAUUAGAUUCACAAAACCUCUGGACUUUGAGGCAGCACAACGUCACGAGCUGAGUGUGACAGCUACAGAUGGAGGGGGACUCUCAGCCAUCUGCAAAGUGCUGGUGGAGGUGGUGGAUGUGAAUGACAAUGCCCCAGAGGUGAUGGUCAGCUCCUUCAGCAGUCCCCUCCCCGAGAACACAGCGCCCGGCACGGUGGUUGCCCUGUUUACGGUCAGGGACCGGGAUUCUGGGGCCAACGGGAAGAUCUCGUGUGGCCUCGAGGAUCAGCUCUUCUUCUCGCUGCGGCCAGCCUAUAAGAAUUACUAUGAGCUGGUGACAGUGAGCGCGCUGGACCGCGAAGAGACGGCUCGCUACAUCCUCAGGGUGACGGCAGCAGACGCGGGGUCGCCUCCUCUGACGAGCACGCAGACCUUCACCGUGGACAUCUCGGAUGUCAAUGACAACGCCCCCGUCUUCAACCAGACGUCGUACACCAUGUACGUGCGUGAGAACAAUGUGCCCACAGUGUUUGUUGGAGCCGUCAGCGCUGCCGACGCUGACGUGGGGCUCAAUGGCAAGGUGAGCUAUUCCCUGGCAGCGGUGCAAGCGGCAGAGGGGCCUUGGUGCUCGUGCGUGUCUGUGAACUCUGAGAACGGGCACGUGUUUGUGCUGCGGCCCCUGGACUACGAGCGCUUGAGGCAGACGGAGGUGACGGUCAGUGCCUCUGACGCGGGCUCUCCUCCCCUCAGAGCCAACGUCAGCGUCCGCCUCGUGGUGCUGGACGAGAACGACAACGCCCCGGUCGUGCUGUACCCAGGCCAGGACAGCAGCCCAGCGUCCAGUGAGCUGGUGCCCGUGUCGGCCGAGGCGGGCUACCUCAUCACCAAAGUAGUGGCCGUGGAUGCCGACUCCGGGCAGAACUCGUGGCUCUCGUACCACCUGCUGAGGGCCAGCGAGCCAGGGCUGUUCACGGUGGGUGUCCACAGCGGGGAGGUGCGUCUGAGGAGGCCGGUGACGGAGAGAGACAGCGUGAGGCAGAAGCUCCUUGUCCUGGUCAGAGACAACGGCAAGCCGCCCCUGUCGGCCACGGCAGCUGUGAGCGCGCUCCUGCUCAAGGACUUGUCAGACGUGCGCCUCCCCGGGCACGGCAGCCCGGCCCCAGAGGAUCAGGCUGGCUCCCUGACCACCUAUUUAAUCAUUGCCCUGGUGUGUGUCUCCCUGCUCUUCCUCGUCUCCACGGCACUCUUUGUGGCUCACAAGGUGUGCAAGAGAAAGGAGCUGAAGGCUGGCCAUGUGCUUUAUGGUGCCGACAACUUGCAGAGCGGCCUGGCCGAUGGGGCCGCUGCAGGGAGCCUGCCCCGCGCCUAUUGCUAUGAGAUCAGCCUCACAACGGGCUCGGGCAACAGCGAGUUCAAAUUCCUCAAGCCCAUCCUCCCCAGCGUGCCAGCACAGCACUGCUCCGUGGGCCAGGGCCCGGAGGAUGAGCAGCAUUUCCCCUGUGUCCCUGUCAGCACCGACGACACGGUACCAGACAAUCCUGGCACUCUCUCUGCAGGACACUUCAAUUCUCUUUCCUUCAAUUAG